AUGCACGUGGGCCCUGAUAUAGAGGCCCAAUCCUUGCAGCUGGGAAUGGUGGUCCCUGUGCCGACCCUCAUCUGGGCCUGGGCCCUCUGCCAAGUGCCCCUGUGGGAUGGGAGGAGCCCCGCCGGCAUCCAGGACCGACCCCCGCCCCCCCACCCCGUCCCUCAGUGCGCCGGCCCGGCUCCCCUCCUCAGCCGGGCGGAGUGGAAGAACCCGCACCCUCGGCCCGCCCCUGCACCCGGAGACGCGGCGCCCGACGCUCGCCAGACUGUGCCACCGCGCAGAGAGGAGGGGGGCGCCUCUGCCGGCGGCGCGCGGAGCCUGCUGUAUCUGAGGCGGCGGCUCGGCCGAGCGCUCCGGAACACCGUUCGGCGGCCCCGCACCUCGGCCGCGCGGCUGCCAGGCCCGGAGGCGGCAGGGACCCGAACGGGGCCGCUAGCGGCAGCGCGCCGCCUCCCCCCCGGUGGGAGCGGUGGUUGGGCCCGGCUGCGGCAGAGCGUUCGCUCGGAGAUGGCGGAGCCGCCGCGACGCGGCCCGAGGCCCCGAGAGCAGGGAAGCCGGGCAGCCCCGGGACGUGGCGGAGCCCGGGGACAGCGGGGACGCCGCCCAGUCCGCCGGACUUCCCUCACCGUGGCCACCAAAACCGCCCGCAGGGGCGUCCCGGGCGGCCCCUCGGGGCGGCCCGCGUUCCCCUCCCCCUGUCCCUCCCGCCGGCCGCCCCUGGUAGUGGCCUCAUUCCUGUCGGCUCGUCCCCUCAGCACGGGGCUCCUCCUCCCCUCGGGGCUCUCCCGCCCCGAUGUCAUCGCUGACUCUAGUCCCUCCACCCGCAGCCCCCAUGUGCCCGCCCCCUACGCCCACGGCGCUGCUCUGUCCCCCUCCUCCCACGGCAUCCGAGCCGCUGGUCUCCACCGCGGGCCCCACACCCCCCGGCCUCCCCAGCCCCCACCUCCUCUGCUUUCCGUCGAACCUCCCGCUGCUGCGCACACGUUCAGCACCUUUCUGCGCGGUGGUCCCGCUUCGGUCCGAAGCUAA